GAGCUGGGAGGACGUGUGUGCCACGAUGGUAAGGAGAGAUAGAGGUGAAUCCAGUCAGUGUAGCCAGGAAAGCUCGAGAGAAGCGAGAAGCGCUUUUCUGAGGCAGGGUGGUAGAUCAGGCGGGGGGAUGGCACGAUCUGCGUGUGCCUUGCCGCUGGCGCACAGCUGUCGCGGAAGGGAUCUGUGCACUCUGCGUGUCUGCUGCAUCUCACCUCUCUGUGUGACUGGUGUGACCUGCGUGUGUUGGGUGCAGGUGAAGGGCAAGCCCACGACCAGCUCCAAGGGCAAGAAGGCCCCCCCGCCCGACCCCUUGGCGGAGAAGCGCCCAAAGAAGACUGUAAGCAACCACUCUCACAUGUGGCGCACACACGAGUCUCAUCUGAGCGUCGGUGUGUUCUGUGUGUCUAUGUGCGUGCAGUCGAAGGAUCCGAUCUUUGAGGCCAACAAGCGCAGCUUCCGUCUUGGUGGUGACAUCCUGCCCAAGCGAGACCUCAGCCGGUGAGCGAAGACACUGGCAGGGUGUGGUACGGAGGAGAGGUUUGGUGUCCCUGUGUGUUGGUUGUAUGUGUGUGUGUGUGCAUCGAUCAGUUACGUCAAGUGGCCGCACUACAUCAAGUUGCAGCGUCAGCGUCGCAUUCUGCUGGCGCGCCUCAAGGUGCCCCCCGCACUCAACCAGUUCAACAACACAUGCUCAAAGGAAAUGGUAUGUGCGUCCCGGCGGUCGACACACACACACACACCAUUACACCAGUCAGCCACUCGAUGACCGUCGAGCACGCUUCUGUGUGUCCCUGUCCUCGAUGCAACUGUCAGGCUGGCCGCGUGUUAGCUCUGUUCAACAAGUACAAGCCGGAGACCCACGCUGAGCGACGGCAGCGGUGAGGGACCACACUGAGUGACGCACUCGUGACGACCAGCUGUGCACAUCUCCUCCUCGCCAUCUGUGCGUGUGUUUGGGUGUUGGUGGGUGCAGUAUGCAGCGUGAGGCUCAGCAGCAGGCGGAGGGCGGCGACGUGACCAUGGGGAGCAGGAAGCCCUACCUCAUCAAGUUCGGCCUCAACCACAUCACCGACCUCGUCGAAAACAAGAUCGCGAAGCUCGUUGUCAUCGCUCACGACGUCGACCCCAUCGAACUGGUUGGCAUGCAAACACACACACACACACCUCUGCAGAGAAUCCUCCAUCACUUCGUAUGCCUGUUUGUUUCUGUCCACUUGUGUGCAGGUCGUGUGGCUGCCUGCGCUGUGCCGUCGCAAGGACGUGCCGUACUGCAUCAUCAAGGGCAAGUCCCGGCUGGGCCAGCUGGUGCACCAGAAGACGGCUGCCGCCGUGGCGCUGUCGGAGGUGCGCAAGGAGGACACGGCGGCGAUGGAGCAGCUGCGCAACGAGUGCCGCAUCAUGUUCAACGACAACACCAAGGUGCAGCGUGAGGGCAGCAAGGGCAGCAGGGGCGUCAAGAGCCAGCACAUCCAGGACCGCAGGGAGCGACUCGCCAAGCAGGAGGAGGAAAAGAAACUCAAGACACGCAUCUGAAGGACCACGCAGAUGGAGGGAUGGAUGGACGUGAUAGACAGACGUGAUGGACGGGCUGAAUUCGGUCCGGGCGUCUGGAUGGCUUCCCCUUUCGGUGCUUCCCUCCGAAGGGGGCAGGGGUCCAGGCAGGUGGGCGGUGUUCGGCCAUCCAUUGGUCUGUCUGUUUUGUCUUGUCUGUCUGGUGUGUGCACGGGACGCGUGUGCGAGACAGACGCUGCUGCGUGGCGUGUGCUCGAUUCCUUCGUGUGUGCCUGCAUUCAUUCAUCCAAAUGAGUGGACCGAUUUGAAUGAAUGAAAUGGAUGAAUGUUG